CGGAAGCGCGGGCUGGAGGAGACCGGACGACCGGGUGGUGUCCUGGCGGCUGCAACAGCGACAGAGGCCGCUAUGGAACACGAAGCGGAGCAGCUGUCCGCGCGACCGGCGCUGGAGACCGAGGGUCUGCGCUUCCUGCACGUCACGGUGGGCUCCCUGCUGGCCAGCUAUGGCUGGUACAUCGUCUUCUGCUGCAUCCUCUUCUACGUGGUCUUCCAGAAGCUCUCCGUCCAGCUGAGAGCCUUGAGGCACAGGCAGCUGGUCCCAGCUGAGGCUACGCUUGAACCUGACGUUGUUGUUAAACGACAAGAGGCUUUAGCAGCUGCUCGUUUGAGAAUGCAGGAAGAACUAAACGCACAAGUUGAAAAGCAUAAGGAAAAACUAAGACAGGUUGAAGAAGAGAAAAGGAGACAGAAGAUUGAAAUGUGGGACAGCAUGCAGGAAGGUAGAAGUUACCGAGGGAACGCAAGAAAGCCUCCGGAAGAAGACAAUCCUGGGCCUUCUACUUCAUCUGUUGUCCCCAAACGGAAGUCUGACAAGAAGCCUUUGCGGGGCAGUGGUUAUAACCCUCUGACUGGUGAAGGAGGUGGAGCCUGCUCCUGGAGACCAGGACGCAGGGGCCCAUCAGCUGGUGGAUGAAGCUAAGAACCUUGUUAAUGUCACUUUUGACAUUAGCAAGACAAACCCUUAACCCUCAGUUCAAUUGCCUUACGCAUGCUUUUCACAGUGACUAGCUAAGGAGUGGUGGGGCUUAUUUCUGUUUUUAACCGUACCUGCAUUUUUAAGCAUUGGUCAGUAUGGGAUGUAGACAUUACCAUUAGGUCACACUCCACAAAGUCAGCCAUUGCAAUUGGCUGGUUGAUAGGUGGAGGCCUCUUGCUGAUGAGCAAUCUUGAUAAGAGGCCAGUAUGAUCUCUUAGAGUAGAAGUCCUUGCUGACAGGACAGUCUCUGUGACAGGUUGCGUUGAAUGAUGUCUUCCUUAUAAAUGGUGAGCCUACCAGUGAGGAUUACUGAUGCAGACAGUUGAUGGGGUUUGCUUCUGUAUAUUUAUUUUUGUGUACAGAACUUUGUACAAGGAAAUUAUAAAUAUUUGAAAAGUGAAUAACAUUUUUAGCAUCUUUAUUAAAUACAAGGACAUUUCUUUGUAAGGUUGACUUUGAAUAUCAGACAUUAAACAGACUUCUAUUAUUCACAA